AUGGCUGCAGCGCCUCCCAGCUGCUGUUUGGUGGCCUUCCCGCCUCGUGCUAAGGACGGCCUGGUGGUGUUUGGGAAAAACUCAGCUCGGCCCAGGGAUGAAGUGCAAGAGGUGGUGUACUUCCCGGCUGCCGAUCACGAACCCGAGAGCAAGGUGGAGUGUACUUACAUUUCCAUCGACCAAGUUCCCAGGACCAAUGCCAUUGUGAUAAGCAGACCUGCCUGGCUUUGGGGGGCAGAAAUGGGAGCCAAUGACCAUGGAGUGUGCAUAGCCAACGAAGCGGUCAAUGCCAGGGAACCGGCCGCCGAGACGGAAGCCUUGCUGGGGAUGGAUCUGGUCAGGCUUGGUUUAGAAAGAGGGUCAACAGCCAAGGAAGCCCUAGAUGUCAUCGUCGCCUUGUUGGAAGAACACGGGCAAGGUGGGAAUUAUUACGAAGAUGCAGGCUCCUGCCACAGCUUCCAGAGUGCUUAUCUGAUUGUGGAUCGUGAGGAGGCCUGGGUGCUCGAGACCGUAGGGAAGUACUGGGCUGCUGAGAAAGUCACAGAGGGCGUCAGGUGCAUCUGCAAUCAGCUCUCACUCACCACCAAGAUUGAUGCAGAGCAUCCUGAGCUCAGGAGUUAUGCUCAGAGUCAAGGCUGGUGGACAGGAGAGGACGAGUUCAAUUUCUCUGAAGUUUUUUCUCCAGCUGAUGACCAUCUACACUGCUGUGCAGGCAAAGACAGCUUAGAAAAGCAAGAAGAAAGCAUCACGGUGCAGACUAUGAUUGACAUCUUACGGGACAAAGCCAGCGGCGUCUGCAUAGACUCCGAGUCGUUCCUGACCACAGCCAGCGUGGUGUCUGUCCUGCCCCAGAGCAGAGGUUCACCGUGCAUCCACUACUUCACCGGGACCCCAGAUCCCUCCAGGUCCAUCUUCAAGCCUUUCAUCUUCGUGGACGAUGUGAAACGUGUCCCCAAAGCACAGUCCCCCUGUUUCGGGGAUGACGACCCGGCCAAAAGGGAGCCCCGGUUCCAGGAGAAACCAGACCGUCGGCACGAGCUGUACAAGGCCCACGAGUGGGCACGCGCUGUCCUUGCCAGCGACCAGGAGCAGGGCCGCAGGCUGCGGAGGACCAUGCUGGAGCUGGAGAGGCAAGGCCUGGAGGCCAUGGAGGAAAUCCUGGCCGGCCCCGCGCCCCCGGACCCCGCCGAGGUGGGGGACCUGUUCUAUGACUGCGUGGACACGGAGAUCAAGUUCUUUAAGUGA